AUGGCAUGUGAGCAAUAUUUUUCUCUUCGUCAUUUUGACAUCAAGCAAGCAUUUGUCCAGUCGGAUUUGGAUGAGUUUGUUUUCAUGCGUCUGCCAGAGGGAUGUGGUAGAUUGUCAGGCAUGAUAGUGAAGUUAAACAAGAGUCUGUAUGGCCUUAAGCAGGCAUCAAGGCAAUGGCAUUCACACUUGGUGAGGUGUUUGAUUUGUUUGGGUUUUAUUCAGUGCCUGGCGGAUACGUGUGUGUUUCGGUUGAUCGAGGAGGGAAGAGUGGUAGUGACUCUGGCAGUACAUGUGGAUGACAUAUUUUCGAUUGGAGAGGAGGAGAGGUGUGACCAAUUUGGUAGGGACCUCAACACCAUGGUACCGGUGAAGAAUCUUGGGGACUUGAGAUGGUACUCUGGAUGUUUUUAUGAGAGAGAUUGGGAUGCAGGGAGUUUGAAGAUCUCGCAGCAGACGUACGCUGAAGAGUUGGGGAUGGAGUUUGGGGUAGAGUACGGGAAGGAAAUCCCUCUUCCUGUAGGGUUGAAGCUUUCAGAGUUUGACCAGGAUGAGGAAGUGGUAUCAUGGCCUUUUCGCGAGCUGAUAGGAUCACUGAUGUGGCUGGCAACACAAACGAGGCCAGAUAUCGCGAAUGCAAAUUGCGUUACGUUCAGCACGACAGAGGCGGAGUAUGUCUCCCUUGCGGAUGUGAUGAAGGAAGUGUUGUUUCUGAGGCAGGUAUGGCAUUUCAUGUUGCCAGAAGCAGGUAUGCCGUGUAUUCCGGUGUUCGAGGAUAACCAGGGGGCUAUUCAGUUGGCGCAGAACCCGAUUAGCAACAGUAACUCGAAGCACAUCGACCUAAGGCACCACUUUAUCAGGGAACUGGUAGGCAGGAAGGAGAUUUCGAUUUUCACGUGGAAUCAGUGUAUCAACAUGCUGACUUCCUCACGAAGGCACCUCACGUCGGAGAUUUUGAGUUUCAUCGUACUUUCAUGA